GAAGUCAUCGUAGGAAAAAUCAGAAGUUUCUACAAGGUGCACCCUGUGUGAGCAUGGGAAUGCCUGACAGGAGGCAGGGGCUCAUUUGCUAAAGAGUGACAAUCCUGAAAAGUGAACUCGUAAAAAAAUUCCCACAGGAGGAGUUUGCUCCCGGAGAUGCACAUGAUUCCUGCCUGCGGUUUCAGGGAGUUUUCUGCUCCUGAGAAAGGGAGCUGUGAUGUCUGUGGUCCUUCGGCUGGCAGCGGGGUGGCUUGUGGAUCAUCUCUCUUUCAUCAACCAGUGUGGCUACGAGGUCUAUGACUCCUCUGCGUAUCCCUGUGGGGUCACUAUCAACACUUCUGCUGCUUUUACUGGAGGCUGUCAUGCUGGUUCUAGCUCCUCUUCAUCCAGGAGUGGUGCUGCUCUGGGUUGUGGAGAUGCGAUAGGAACAGAAGGUAAAAGAGAAAAAAAGAGAUAUGUGUUUCGGGAGGAGUUCUUCGACAUUUCUAAGCCCCAUAUAGCUGCAGAUCCUGAACAGCAGCUGUGGCAGAGAUACCCUGAGGUGAGCUACAUGGAAGUAAAGGCCAAAAGCAACACAGAGGAACACCAAGAAGGAAUGAAGAGUGGUGUUGGAGAUUCAGUUGCCAGUGCUAGGAAGAAACGUAAAAGGAAAUACGUAUUCAACCAGGGUGAACUGGAUGCUUUAGAAUACCAUUCAAAGGUCAGGAAGCUCAUUUGGGAAGGCACUUUGCAUUUAGUUCAAGAAGGACUCAAAAGUGGUUUUCUUCACCCCAUUCCUGCAGAACUCAGUUGCAGGAAGAGUGUGGUUCCUGGACACGUUGGCUGUGGGUUGGCUGAAUUAUGUGAAAUGGCAAAACAGUUUCCAGCUGUGAAUGAGAGUGACUAUCAAGCUGUAUGUGUGCUGGGUGAUGAAACCUCUGUUCCAGAGCAGGAUCUGCUUUCCUGUGUUAUGGAAAACCGCUCAGACUGUGCAAAGAUAGUUGUGUUAAUGGGGCAGAAGUACUUGGUGCCACCAAGAAGCAGUUUCCUGUUAUCUGAUAUUUCAUGUUUACAGCCCCUACUGAACUACAAGAAAAAAUAUGAUGUAAUUGUGAUUGAUCCUCCAUGGGAGAAUAAGUCUGUUAAAAGGAGUAACAGAUACAGCUACCUGUCCUCAUGGCAAAUCAAGCAGAUUCCUGUACCAGCACUAGCUGCUCCAAAUUGUCUUGUAGUCACAUGGGUGACUAAUAGACAGAAGCACUUACGUUUUGUUAAGGAUGAACUCUAUCCUCAUUGGUCUGUGAAACCACUUGCCGAGUGGCACUGGGUAAAAAUUACUAAAGCUGGAGAAUAUGUACUGCCUCUGGAUUCUUUACACAAAAAGCCCUAUGAAGUUCUUGUACUGGGGAGAGUUCAAGGAGACAUAACGGAAGUCCUAAGGAAAACUGAAGAUGUACUUCCAGUUCCAGACCAUAAGUUAAUUGUCAGCAUACCCUGCAGUCUGCAUUCACAUAAACCUCCUCUUACUGCGGUUCUGGCAGAGUUUAUCCAGCCAGAUGUGGAAUGCUUGGAGUUGUUUGCUCGCAACCUACAGCCUGGCUGGACCAGCUGGGGAAAUGAGGUUUUGAAGUUUCAGCACAUUGAUUAUUUCACUCUUCUGAAGAAUGGAAAUUGAGCUGGCUUCUGUAUCUUAAUUCUGAAAUUCCAUCCCUUUCCAGCAGGGUGGAAACUGCCAUUAAACUUGCCAUUAUUACUGAUAGUUUCUCAGAAGGUAAAAGAAAGAAACACAAUUGCACUGCUGUUAAAAGUCUAGGCGAGGGAGAGGAUAUCUGUUUAAUGGUAUCUCCAAUUUGUACAGUCUGAGCCUUUAUUUUGAUGAGCUUGAGAUAUUUAAAUACUGAUGUCAGAGUGUGAAUCCAUCCCUGUUUUUUUCAAGCCUCAAAAAACCCAAAGAUGUUUUAAAGUAUUCUCACUGCAGCUAUCAACUCUAGGCAUCAUAGCUGCUACAGUAAUAACAAUUAUUACAUAAUACUGUAAUGUAUUAUUUUUAAGGAAUGUUAAUGUAUUAUUUUUAAACAGUGGCAAUGGAACUAAACCAUUUGAAUUACAUGUCUCUGUGAAGAAGAUUGUUUUUUGUGAAACAAUGGGUUUUGAACUAAAAUAAUUACAAAGGCAAUGUAUCCUUCUACUUGUUC